GGACAUACACAGCUUAACAGCACAUUAUACAUGAUAGGGAAACAUCCGACAGGACAAUGUGACAGAUGCCAAGAACCGGAGACGGUGGAGCAUGUGAUGGUCAGAUGCAAAAAGUACACCGGAGAGAGAGCGGACAUGAAGGGAAUGAAAACAACAGGACUGACAACAGAGACACUGAAGAACAUACUGGAGUGUGGAGUGAAUGGAGGGGGAAGGGGAUUCUGUAUCAGCUACCUAACAACAACUGGACUGGUGAAAAGGAUGGAAUGAAAGAUGUAGGAGCAAGGUAGACCCAGAAGAUGGCGGUAAUGCAACGUAACGGAUGCCAACCGCCGUAAAACUCCGAAGAAGAAGAACCAUACACGCGCCAGUAAGAGAAAGAACGAUGCACCCCUCUAUUUUGAGUGACGAAGCCAGUCUGGGGCACAUAACCCUUUCACCAUCCGAGUUUAGGUGUCCUCUCUGCCCCAAAUUUAAAACCAAAAAUGAGAGCGCGAUCCAGAGGCACAUGAAAAACCAUACGGAAAAUGCAGUUCAUUUCCAUGAAAAGAUAAUCUGCAGAUGCAACAUGCCUUGCCGUGAUAAAGGUCAUUUCCACUGUCCCUUCUGUGACACAACUGUAAUUCGUAAAGACUUCGUAUCACCACAUGUGACUGAGUGUUUUAAAAAAUGUGUUGUGGUGGUGCCACCUCUUCAUCAGUCCUCACCAUCAUCAUCUGAGGACUUUAUUGCGCAAUCACUGGAUCAUUCAUAUGCACUUCCCCCUUCAGUGUCCGCAUCAGCUACAACCACAGAGCCUCCAGAAGAAGCAGUCACUCACGAACUUCCAUCUUCCCACCUCUCCCACCCUCUAUCUCAGAUAGCAUCACCCAACACCCCAACAGUUGUCACAGAUCAGUCACCCCCAGCUACAACCACAGAGCCUCCACUUCCAUCUUCCCCCCCCAGCUACAACCACAGAGCCUCCACUUCCAUCUUCCCAUCCUAA